AUGGGAUAUUUCAGGUCCGGUCAAGAAAAUUUCGUCUUGAAGGACAUCCCAGAAGCUAUAUUUUCCAGUUUUAAUGAAGAUAUCCGACCACGGCUGCGUGAAAGCCCAUUUCUACGACUACCCUGUGAUACGAUUCCAAACCAGCGAACUUUUGUCUACAAAUAUCUGGAUGAUGAUCUCCUAAGCCUUGUUAGAAAGCAAUUACCGGUACAAGCCCGAAAACAAAUUUUAAAAGCCAGCUUGAGAGGUAUUGCGGAACUACAUAGCCACGAUAUUGUUCACCUAGAUAUCAAACCUGACAAUAUUAUGGUUAACUACCGUGGUACUGGUGCAGAUAUGACCGUUGACCAGGUCCAGAUUAUUGAUCUUGAAAAUGCAGCCUAUCUUCCCAAGGGGAGAUGCAUCAAAGGAAUGCUUGCUGGUAAUGAUAACUGGCGAAGCCCUGAAGCCCAUCUGAAGGGCGAACUCAAUAAGCCAUCUGAUAUAUUUUCCUUUGCAGCUGUGUGCAUCUAUGCCAUGCUUGGAAAAGUCAUUUUUGGUGCUGACGAGGAUUUGCGCAAACACGAAGCACAGGGUGCGUUCCCUUACGUUAUCCGUUUGCAACGUCAAGUUUCAUAUUUCGGGGAUCGCAAGGGAUUCAAUGGGCUCAUAACACAUAUUGGAGACGAUGAAAUCAACUGCCAGGUCCUUGGGUUUUUAUGGGACGAUCGAGUGGCUGACUACCACCCUUACAAGCCUUUCUCAGAGUGGUCAAAUGUCAUUGAUGAUGCCGAGUUCAAGGAUAUUAUCUUAAAGAUGACGAACUUGGACCCCCAACAACGGGUGACGGCACAUGAGGCAUUGGAGCAUCCCUGGUUUUCCGGCUCUGAAAUUGAUUAA